AUGAUUAAAUUAGGUUCCAUCUGUGCAAAUGGAGGCGUAUCAUCAUUAAGUUUAUUAGCUUCAGUUAUGGAUGGAUUUAUAAUUGGCAUCUUUGAAUUAAUAACUAUUGUGGUAACAGGUAGCUGUGUAAAAAUCUGGCAUGAAAUAAUUAUAAUUUCAUCAUUUGCAGGGGUUUUUGGUUCAUUGGUAGAUUCAUUAUUGGAUGCAACAGUCCAGCAAACAAAUUAUUCUGAGAAAUUAAAAAAGAUUAUUUACUGGUUGGCAGAGUUACCUUCUGAAACUCAUGAGUUUAGAACUAUUCAAAAUUAA